AUGGAGGACCACAAUGACACCGUCAGCACUGACUUCGUGCUCCUAGGGCUCUGGUCAGAAUUCAGCCACCUCACUGUGCUUAUCUGCUUCGUCCUCCUGGUCUACUCUGUGGCCGUCAUGGCUAACGUUGUCCUCAUUUGCCUCAUCUGGCUGGACACUCGGCUCCACGUCCCCAUGUACUUCCUGCUCAGCCAGCUGUCCCUCAUUGACUUGGCUUUGAUUUCAACUUCGGUCCCCAAAAUGGUCACAGACUUCUUCUCGGGGAAGAGGACCAUCUCGCAGGUAGGCUGUGGGGCCCAGAUCUUCUUCAGCUUAACCCUGGGCAUUGCCGAGUGCCUCCUGCUCACCUUCAUGGCUUUCGACCGCUACGUGGCCAUCUGCAGGCCUCUGAGGUACCCCAGCAUCGUCAGCCACAAGGCCUGCACUCGCAUGGUCAUGGGGUCCUGGGUGGGAGGGGCAGUGACGUCUCUGGCUCACACGGCCUAUGCCAUGCACUUCCCUACCUGCCGUCCCAGGGAGGUGCCCCACUUCCUGUGCGAGGUCAUGGCUCUGCUCAAGCUCACCUGUGAGGACAUCUCUGCCUAUGUGCAGUCAGUGGUAGUCUCCAGCUUCUUGGUGGUCCUCAUUCCCUUGAGCCUUAUCCUCACCUCCUAUGCCCUCAUCUUCCUCGCUGUCUUCCGCAUGAACUCCCCUGAGGGCAGGAACAAAGCCAUGGCCACCUGCUCCUCCCACCUGUGCGUGGUGAGCCUCUACUUUGGUCCUGCAAUCCUCGUGUACAUGCAGCCCGGCUCUUCCAGGACCCCUAAGUUAAACCAGUCUCUCUUCAUGUUCAAUGCCAUCCUGACCCCAAUGCUGAACCCCCUCAUCUACAGCCUGAGGAACAAGGAUGUGAUGGCGGCCGUGAGGAGCACCUGUGGACACCACCUGCCAAAGCUAGCGGGCUCCUUUCCAUCGCUCUCCAGGGCCUGGCGGACUUGA